CUGGCAGACGGAGGGAGGGAGAAGUUGUCUGACCGGUCGCCAGUCUGGGACAACGGAACAAGGACUUGGAGGGAGACGGCGUCAUUACGGGAAAAAAACCUCGCUCUCCUGCAUCGUUCACUAUGCCGUUCAACUGAACGGCGACGGGAACAGACGCGCUUUUGACAGGCGGGGAGAGGUUUGGGAGGAGGUUUAACCUAUCCAUCACCUUGGAUGAGCUAGACGUCUCCCAGAGAUGCUCCACUUCCCGCGAGGACCUUCAAAUACCCUGCUCCUCCUCCUGCUGCUGCUGUCUUUCAUUUGAGUUUGCUUGUGUUGAACCUGCACGGACGAGAACGCGGUCAAGAAAAGUGCGUCUUUUUCCACUUCUUACCCCCCAUCCCUCCCGCUUCCACUUCCACCCCCCCACCCCCUUUUCUUUUUUUUUUUUUUAAUCACCAAAGGGAUUAAUUAUGCCGGACCAAAUCACCGUGGCAGAGUUUGUUGCAGAGACAAAUGAAGAUUACAAGUCGCCGACUGCGUCUAAUUUCACCACCAGGAUGUCCCACUGUAGGAACACGGUGUCUGCUCUGGAGGAGGCUCUGGAUGUGGAUCGCAGUGUUCUCUACAAGAUGAAGAAGUCGGUCAAGGCCAUCUACGCGUCUGGUCUGGCCCACGUGGAGAACGAAGAGCAAUACACUCAGGCUCUGGAGAAGUUUGGAGAAAACUGCGUGUACAGAGACGACCCGGACCUGGGCUCAGCCUUCCUCAAGUUCUCUGUCUUCACCAAGGAGCUCACUGCGCUUUUCAAAAACCUUUUUCAAAACAUGAACAACAUCAUCACCUUCCCUCUGGACAGCCUACUGAAAGGAGACCUGAAGGGUGUCAAAGGGGAUCUGAAAAAGCCUUUUGACAAAGCCUGGAAAGACUACGAAACUAAAGUCACCAAGAUCGAGAAGGAGAAGAAGGAGCACGCGAGGCAGCACGGGAUGAUCAGAACGGAAAUCAGCGGGGCGGAAAUAGCCGAAGAGAUGGAGAAGGAGAGAAGAUUCUUCCAACUGCAGAUGUGCGAGUAUCUCCUCAAAGUCAACGAGAUUAAAAUCAAGAAGGGCGUGGACCUGCUCCAGAACCUCAUCAAGUACUUCCACGCGCAGUGCAAUUUCUUUCAGGAUGGUCUGAAAGCAGUGGACAACCUGAAACCUUCCAUAGAGAAGCUGGCCACGGAUCUGCACACGAUUAAACAAGUGCAGGACGAGGAGAGGAAGCAGCUAACUCAGUUACGAGACGUCCUCAAGUCAGCGCUACAAGUGGAGCAGAAGGAGGAUUCCCAGGUGCGGCAGACCACCACCUACAGCCUGCACCAGCCGCAGGGCAACAAGGAGCACGGCACUGAGCGGAGCGGCUUUCUUUACAAGAAAAGUGAUGGGUUGAGGAAAGUGUGGCAGAAGAGAAAGUGCACAGCAAGGAACGGAUAUCUCUCCAUCGCACAUGGCACGGCCAACCGUCCACCAGCCAAGCUCAACCUGCUCACCUGCCAGGUGAAACACAAUCCUGAAGAAAAGCGAAGCUUUGACCUCAUAUCACAUGACAGAACGUAUCACUUUCAGGCCGAGGACGACCAGGACUGUCAGAUCUGGAUCUCGGUGCUGCAGAACAGUAAAGAGGAGGCCUUGAAUCAGGCUUUUAAAGGGGACCAACGUGUUGGCGAGAACAACAUUGUGCAGGAGCUGACCAAGUCGAUCCUGGGGGAGGUCAAGAGGAUGACUGGAAACGAUGUGUGCUGUGACUGCGGAGCUCCCAAUCCGACGUGGCUGUCCACCAACCUGGGAAUCCUCACCUGUAUUGAAUGUUCAGGGAUCCACAGGGAGCUGGGAGUCCACUACUCCCGGAUCCAGUCUCUCACUCUGGAUGUACUCAGCACCUCAGAGCUCUUGCUGGCCAAGAAUGUGGGGAAUGCAGGGUUUAAUGAGAUCAUGGAGGCUUGUUUAAGUGCUGAAAACGUGGUGAAACCCAACCCAGCGAGCGACAUGCAGGCGAGGAAAGACUUCAUCACAGCCAAGUACACGGAGAAACGUUUCGCCAAGAAGAAGUGUCCGGACGGCCCGUCGCGGCUCCACACGCUGUGCGACGCGGUCAAGGCCCGAGACAUCUUCUCCCUCGUCCAGGUCUACGCAGAGGGAGUCGAGCUCAUGGAGCCCAUACCUCUCGCCAACGGACAUGAGCAAGGAGAGACGGCCCUUCAUCUGGCAGUCAGGCUGGUGGAUCGGACGUCUCUCCACAUUGUUGACUUCCUCACUCAGAAUAGUUUAAAUUUGGAUAAGCAGACGGCCAAAGGGAGCACAGCGCUGCACUACUGCUGCCUGACCGACAACAGUGAAUGUCUGAAGCUGCUGCUGCGAGGAAAGGCCUCCAUCGAUAUCCCUAAUGAGGCCGGGGAGACGCCGCUGGAUAUCGCUCGGAGACUCAAACACCUGCAGUGCGAGGAGCUGCUGAACCAGGCGCUGGCAGGAAAAUUCAACGCUCACGUCCACGUUGAGUACGAAUGGCGUUUGCACCAUGAAGACCUGGAUGAGAGCGACGAGGAUCUGGACGAGAAGCCGAGCCCUCACCGGAGAGAUGAGCGACCGGUCAGCUGUUACGCUCCGGGCAGUAAUUCUCACCUCCAGUCCAGCCUGGCAUCUGCAGGUCGGGACGCUGUCAGCCUCAUCAAAGAAAAACAGCGACCCUACAUGCCCAACCUGGUCAACAACGAGACUUACGGCACCAUACUCAACACCGGUUCCCCUCAGACAACUGCAACCUCUGCUCCACCCCUGCCCCCCAGGAACCUGGCCCAGCUAUCUGCCCUGGGAGGGAGCACUCAGUCUUCCAGCAGCUGGAAACCAGGUUCUUUAGAUCUGGUAGGCCGACAACGGUCUUCCUCUGACCCCCCCAACAUGCACCCUCCCGUUCCCCCCAUAAGGCUCACUUCCACUGUAGGUCUUGGUCUUCCUGUGACGAAGAUGGACCCCAUGAGCAUCCAGUCCAAGUCGGGUCAGGGCCCGCUGGGGUCCAGGACAGUUCCGCCUAAAUCUCCUGCUGGCAAUGAUAAAAGCUUCAGCCGAGGGUUCCCGACUCGAACAGAAUCCAUAGAGCGGGCGGCUAAGGAAGAGUCGGGAUGCCCCCAGAACUCCAUGGGUCAGCCUCUUCCUCCAGCCCCCAUGCCGAGGAAGGCCCACCCAAAACAGAGGCCUAAGCGAGUGAAAGCCAUCUACAACUGUGUAGCCGACAACCCUGACGAACUGACCUUCUCUGAGGGCGAGGUGAUCGUGGUGGAUGGAGAGGAGGACCAGGAGUGGUGGCUGGGCCACAUUGAAGGUGAUCCGAUGAGAAGAGGUGCCUUCCCUGUUACGUUUGUGCACUUCGCCGCUGACUGAAAGGCCGCCGGGGCUGGCAGGAUACGUUACGGGAUGCAGCGUCCUCCUUUAUCAUUCUGUCUCCCAGGCAUCAGAUUAUCUGUCGUCUAUGCAUUUUUAUAAUUUUUUUUUCUUUUUGCCGUCAUUGUCUUCACUGGCUUCUCAUCACUGCUGUAUCGGCACUUUGGCUACAACUUUGCGUCGUGCAACCGCUGCAGAGCAGUCUGGGUGUCACCAAGGACCCAUGGGAUAGUUCUUUUGUUUUUUCCUUUUUUUUUUUGAUGCCUGCUGUUGAUGUUCCUAACAAAGAUUCUGAAAUUAAAAGCUAUGAUUGUA